CGCACACACGCGCACACCCGAGUGGCUACUCGACUCCAAACACACGACCCGAAUCUCCCAUGGGUCAACUCGUGUCCCAAAACCACCACCUGCCGCUCAUGCAUUGUCCUUGCCAACACAAUAGCCGGGAAGACAAAGGCGGCCGCGCCUGCCUUGGCGUUGACCGCCCAACCGCCGCCCACCCCCCUGCAGCCCACCUUGCCUCGUUCCGGCCUUUCAAUAGGUGCUCGCUAACAAAGCGCGUGCCCGUCACGGUCGCGCGCGAGCGGCAGAGGAGGGCGGCUUUUGUGCGCGCGUUCGCUGUCGCUUCGGACGAAGAAUUUAAAUGUUCUCGAUUUGCUCGGCCGAGGAAGCGUCGAGGAGGGCAGGCGGGGAGAGCGGCUGUGGAGAUGGAGCCGCGAAAUCGGCUCAUGGGCAAGGUGCUAGGUGGGAUUGUUGUUACUCGGCAGGCCAGAGACAGGCGGCGACCACUUGGGCUGGCUCUCGUCCAGCAGUGGAUUGAUCCUGGCUCAUGACGGGCAGGUGUAGAUGGAGUGGGGAGAGAGAGGAAGAGGUGGGAGCCGUUGCUCGGCAGACCAUGUGACUGGAUUGCUGAUUAUGAUUUUUUUUUUAAAGUUUGGCCUUACUAUACAUGUAACAAUUAUGUAAAUUAUUCAUUCUGUUUCCCACUAUUUAUAGGCCAAUUGUCGGAUAUCGGCGUCAGGUCUGGCGAGACGAAAGCGUUCGCAAGCGGAAAUGGUGCAGCGAGCAGCUUACCCCGCGGUGUGCUGCGAGAACGCUCCCUCGGAGGGGGCAGUCGGCAGUGCCGGCGGAGUGCACUCAUCUUCAUCUGUUGCCAUCUGUACGGGGGACAGAGCGGUGUCGCCCCCAGUCGUGCAAAGGCGUUCGGCUUUUACUCCGGGUGAUCCCAUUUCCUCCUCCCGCCACCUGUCCCGCACACCUGCAGGGUCACGUGCUGUUGGCAUUGACCGCGUGGCCUGGCGGCCCGAGGGGGACAAAGCAAAGAACGGAACCACCGAAGCCCGAAACCUAGGUACAAGAACGUCCACUCCUCGCCCGGUUUCCCCCCAGGACCUUGUCUGUGCCUGGCUAGGUGCACCUGGAAUUCAGGUUCUGUGUGUGCAUCCCCUCCCCUCCCCCUGCCUCCCCCACCGACCCCCGCCUCCAGGUGCGUUCGCCCGUGCCCCACCUGCCUCGCGCCGUGCACUCUUAUGAUGGCCACCCGCCUACGGUUUCCAGAUGUGGUCCAGCACCCGGGGAAGGAGGGGGGUGAAUUGGGGACAUUGAUAGUGAGACAUGGGUGGCACACGGUAUCUGAACCUGUUCUGGAACUUCCUUGGUUCCACUCGGCCUUAAAUUAGUAGUAGCCGGUGCGGUGUGUACAUCUCGGCACACGUGGGUGUGAGAGUGCGCGUCUGUGUGUCUGUAGGAGCGGUGUGGUACCGGUCGGUGCACUGCGUUACCAACCCCAGCAACCACAGUUGGAUUACCCGGCCACGGCUAACAUCAGUGGCGCGUGAUAUUCGAACUUGUUCUGCCCGCUCCCCCAGGUUAACUUAGCCUUAACCAAGUACCCGGUGUUGUGGGUAAACGGCAGCAUCGGUUGGUGUCUCCAAUGUUCACGCGGAUGCCCUGCACGCCGAGUGUCUCAGAUGCCACGGAUGCGAGCGACUGGGAGUCGAACCCAGGCCGUCUGAAUCUUUACUCCUCGCGUCAACGUCAACCCCUUGGCAGACUAACAACUAAGACUAUGACAACUGAGACUAUGACAACUGAGACUAUGACAACUGAGACUAUGACUACUAAGACUAUGACAACUGAGACUAUGACAACUGAGACUAUGACAACUGAGACUAUGACAACUAAGACUACGACAACUGAGACUGACAACUAAGACUAUGACAACUAAGACUAUGACAACUAAGACUAUGAAAACUAAGACUAUGACAACUAAGACUACGACAACUGAGACUACGACAACUAAGACUACGACAACUAAGACUACGACAACUAAGACUACGACAACUGAGACUAUUACAACUAAGACUAUGACAACUGAGACUAUGACAACUGAGACUAUUACAACUGAGACUAUUACAACUGAGACUAUUACAACUGAGACUAUUACAACUGAGACUAUGACAACUGAGACUAUUACAACGGAGACUAUUACAACUGAGACUAUUACAACUAAGACUAUGACAACUAAGACUGACAACUAAGACUAAGACAACUAAGACUAUGACAACUGAGACUAUGACAACUAAGACUAUGACAACUGAGACUAUGACAACUGAGACUAUGACAACUGAGACUAUGACAACUAAGACUAUGACAACUAAGACUAUGACAACUAAGACUAUGACAACUAAGACUAUGACAACUGAGACUAUGACAACAAAGACUAUGAUAACUGAGACUGACAACUGAGACUAUGACAACUAAGACUAUGACAACUGAGACUAUGACAACUGAGACUAUGACAACUGAGACUAUGACAACUGAGACUAUGACAACUGAGACUAUGACAACUAAGACUAUGACAACUGAGACUAUGACAACUAAGACUGACAACUAAGACUAAGACAACUAAGACUAUGACAACUGAGACUAUGACAACUAAGACUAUGACAACUAAUACUAUGACAAUUGAGACUAUGACAACUGAGACUAUGACAACUAAGACUAUGACAACUAAGACAACGACAACUAAGACAACGACAACUGAGACUAUGACAACUGAGACUAUGACAACUGAGACUAUGACAACAAAGACUAUGAUAACUGAGACUGACAACUGAGACUAUGACAACUAAGACUAUGACAACUGAGACUAUGACAACUGAGACUAUGACAACUGAGACUAUGACAACUGAGACUAUGACAACUGAGACUAUGACAACUAAGACUAUGACAACUGAGACUAUGACAACUGAGACUAUGACAACUGAGACUAUGACAACUGAGACUAUGACAACUGAGACUAUGACAACUAAGACUAUGACAACUAAUACUAUGACAAUUGAGACUAUGACAACUGAGACUAUGACAACUGAGACUAUGACAACUAAGACAACGACAACUGAGACUACGACAACUGAGACUAUGACAACUGAGACUAUGACAACUGAGACUAUGACAACUGAGACUACGACAACUAAGACUACGACAACUGAGACUAUGACAACUGAGACUAUGACAACUAAGACUAUGACAACUAAGACUAUGACAACUGAGACUAUGACAACUGAGACUAUGACAACUGAGACUAUGACAACUGAGACUAUGACAACUGAGACUAUGACAACUAAGACUAUGACAACUAAGACUAUGACAACUGAGACUAUGACAACUGAGACUAUGACAACUGAGACUAUGACAACUGAGACUAUGACAACUGAGACUAUGACAACUAAGACUAUGACAACUGAGACUAUGACAACUGAGACUAUGACAACUGAGACUAUGACAACUGAGACUAUGACAACUGAGACUAUGACAACUGAGACUAUGACAACUGAGACUAUGACAACUGAGACUAUGACAACUGAGACUAUGACAACUGAGACUAUGACAACUGAGACUAUGACAACUGAGACUAUGACAACUGAGACUAUGACAACUGAGACUAUGACAACUAAGACUAUGACAACUAAGACUAUGACAACUAAGACUAUGACAACUAAGACUAUGACAACUGAGACUAUGACAACUAAGACUAUGAAGACUAUGACAACUAAGACUAUGACAACUAAGACUAUGACAACUGAGACUAUGACAACUGAGACUAUGACAACUAAGACUAUGACAAAUAAGACUAAGACAACUAAGACUAUGACAACUAAGACUAUGACAACUAAGACUGACAACUAA